UUGUUGAAAGACCGUGAUUGCCACACGAUCAUCUUCACCCAUCUAUCCCCCUUCCCGCCUUUCUUUUUCCCCAGCCAAAAAUCUAUCUCCACCCACUGCCCCCCGCCUUCUCUGGCUAUAGCAAUGGAUCCAUACAAGCAUCGGCCAUCGAGUGCUUUCAAUUCUCCCUUCUGGACAACCAGUUCAGGUGCCCCUGUCUGGGACAAUAACUCCUCUCUCACCGUUGGAACCAGAGGUCCGGUUCUUCUCGAGGAUUAUCAUUUGGUGGAGAAACUUGCAAAUUUCGACCGUGAACGGAUUCCGGAGCGUGUCGUUCAUGCCAGGGGAGCCAGUGCCAAGGGCUUCUUUGAGGUCACUCAUGACAUUUCUAAUCUCACUUGUGCUGAUUUUCUUCGUGCUCCAGGAGUUCAGACACCUGUCAUUGUCCGUUUCUCAACUGUUGUUCAUGAGCGUGGAAGUCCUGAAACCCUCAGGGACAUCCGAGGUUUUGCUGUGAAAUUUUACACUAGGGAGGGUAAUUUCGAUUUGGUGGGAAACAAUACCCCCGUCUUUUUUGUUCGUGAUGCAAUGAAAUUCCCAGAUUCGAUCCAUGCUCUGAAACCAAAUCCAAAGACCCACAUCCAGGAGUAUUGGAGAAUCCUUGAUUUCUUCUCCUAUCAUCCUGAGAGCUUGCUUACGUUUGCUUUCUUCUUAGAUGAUGUCGGCAUUCCACAAGAUUACAGGCAUAUGGAAGGCUUUGGCGUCCAUGCUUACACUCUGAUCGACAAGGCUGGAAAAGCUCAUUAUGUGAAGUUCCACUGGAAGCCAACCUGUGGAGUGAAGAACCUGUUGGAGGAAGAAGCUAUUAAGGUUGGAGGAUCAAAUCAUAGCCAUGCUACCCAGGAUCUCUAUGACUCAAUUGCUGCUGGAAACUAUCCGGAGUGGAGACUUUUUAUCCAGAUUAUGGAUCCUGAUCAUGAAGAUCGGUUUGAUUUUGAUCCGCUUGAUGUAAGCAAGAUCUGGCCUGAAGAUAUUUUGCCUUUGCAACCUGUGGGCCGGUUGGUAUUGAACAAGAAUAUUGACAACUACUUUGCUGAGACCGAGCAGCUUGCAUUUAACCCUGCCUUUGUUGUACCUGGGAUAUAUUAUACAGAGGACAAGCUGCUCCAGACUCGUAUAUUCGCAUAUGGUGAUACCCAGCGACACCGUCUUGGCCCAAACUAUAUGCAGCUUCCAGUAAAUGCUCCCAAGUGUGCUCAUCACAACAAUCACUAUGAUGGUUUCAUGAACUUCAUGCACCGGGAUGAAGAGGUCGAUUAUUUCCCUUCAAGGUUCGAUCCUGUUCGUCAUGCUGCGAGGCAUCCCAUCCCCUCUACUGUCCUGAGAGGAAAGCGUGACAGGUGUGUUAUUCCGAAGGAGAACAACUUCAAGCAACCGGGAGAGAGAUACCGAUCCUGGGCACCUGACAGGCAAGAGAGAUUUAUCUGCCGAUGGGUUGAUAUUUUAUCUGAUGCACGAGUCACCCAUGAGAUCCGCAGUAUCUGGAUUUCAUACUGGUCUCAGGCUGACAAAUCUCUUGGUCAGAAAAUAGCUACUCGUCUCAAUGUAAGGCCAACAAUGUGAAGGCCAUAAAUGUUCCUGGUGGCUUACGGGCUAGGGAGUGUUUGUUCUCGGAGAAGUUGAUGGUGUCCUUCAGUAUGCUUCAGUCAGUGUGUUGUAUUAUGUACCGAACAGGCUUCCAUGCCUGGUUUAAACUGAAAUUAUGUCCCGGUGUUAAAUAAAUAACAGUUCUCUGUGCGAGGAUUUACUUGAUCA